CCGUUGGAAGUGGUGGCGGAUGUGACCAAAGCGGAUGACUUGAAACGCCUAUUAAACGCAACAGUGGACAGGUUUGGACGGUUGGAUGUGUUGGUCAAUAACGCGGGUAUCUAUAAAUUCAAUCGCAUUGAAGACCAAAACAUUACCGAAGAAUGGGAUCAGAUAUUUGCCGUGGAUUUGCGGGCAAUCGUCGAACUCAAUCAUCUGGCGGUUCCACUUCUGGAGAAGACUAACGGCACGAUUAUAGACAUGUCUAGCAUUGAGGCCAUGAAACCGAUAAGCAAAUUUUUGGCGUAUAAUUGCGCGAAGGCUGCGCUGGAUAUGAUGACCCGGGUGUUGGCCAUCGAGUUGGGCCCCAAAGGCAUACGUGUCAAUAGUUUA